AUGCAUUGCUCCCCACAACCCCCUGAAAGACGGGAGCUUUGCAGCUUGCCGUCUCCUUCCCUCACGCCGCGCCACAGUGCGUACGUCUGUAUCGACGACGUGCAGGUUGAUACUCUUGCAACUUGCAAGUACGAUUUGCCAGUGGACCCGGAGGAAUUCGACCGGGCGACGGUGAUCAAACCCACGAGUUUGCUACGGCCACACAUGCGCAUCUUCUACUUGUCGUGGAUAUCAGCGAUCACGGGCUUCUUCGGGUGGUACGCGAUCCCGCCGCUCAUGCCGGUGAUCAAGACCCAAUUGGGCCUGACAGACGGGCAGGUGCUGAAUUCCGAUAUUGCCAGUACCGCCAGUACCAUCUUGUCCCGCAUUGCAUCGGGUCCAGUACUCGAUUGCUAUGGGCCACAAGUGGUGCAGAGUACGGUGCUCUGGCUUGGGGCUAUUCCUGUCAUUUGUGCAGCUUUUGUGAGCUCGGCUACGAGUUUAGUUCUCGUCCGGUUCUUCAUUGGCCUCGUUGGCUGUGUCUUUGUCUCGAGUCAAUACUGGACAACGAUCACCUUCGCUCGCAAUGUUGCAGGCACGGCCAAUGCCAUCACAGGUGGCCUGGGAGUCUCGGGCAUCGGUUUUGCCUUCCUCGUGCUGCCCUUCAUUUACGAAGCUAUUACCAGUAGAGGUCACGUGUCGGCCGAUCUUGGCUGGCGACUCACUAUUGCUCUGCCUGCUGUACUCAUGGUGAUCAUGGGCACUGUCAUCCGCUUUGCGGUGGACAGCUGUCCAACCGGAGAUUUCCAGAAGCUCAUGCAGAUGAAGCGACAAGCUGAACAAGACAGCAGAGCUCUACCUGCUCGCACAAGCGUCAGUGGAAGCUUGACGAUGGUCCGUCCAGUGACACCUACUACCGGAGGUGUCCAGUCCGUUCCCAAGCCACCUAUGACCAUGUUGCAGUCGUUCAAGAUCGUCUUGACUGACGUCAAUGUCCUGGUCAUGAUUGCGCAGUACGCAGCUGCCUUCGGCACGGAACUGCAGCUGAACAAUAUGGGUGCUCUUUACUUCCACACGCAGUUCCCUCAAGAGGGAUGUUUACCAACGGACAGCAAUCUUUGCUACAUGCUCUCGACGACCAACGCUGCUACUGUGGCAUCAUCUUUUGGACUCAUGAACAUCUUUGCUCGUGCUCUUGGUGGCUUGGCAUCGGACAGUUUGAAUUCCAGACUGGGCAUGCGAGGCCGCAAGCGUGUGCAGUUUACACUCUUGUGCACAUUGGGUUUGCUCGUGAUUACAUUGAGUCAACUCGAGUCGCUUGGAGCUUGCAUUGCACUCUACGUGCUUGUCGCCAUCGCGGCACAAGCAACGGGUGGUUCGACCUACGGCAUUGUGCCAUACUUGAGUGAACAGCACACUGGCACUGUGAAUGGAUUAGUCGGUGCUGGGGGUAACUUGGGCGGCGUGGUGUAUGGCAUUAUUUUCCGCAGCACUGAAGGGUACAGUUCCGGACUGCUUUACAUGGGCAUUAUUAUCUUGGCCUGCGCACUGCUCACUCUGUUGCUACGGUUCUCAAGCUCGGAGCACAAGCCGACGACGAAUGCUGCAAACCGUUCUUCCAGCGGUGUCUACAAGAGAUCACACAGCACGGUGCACGUUGAAUUAGAAUCGGAUGUGUACACGAAGCAGUAA